AUGCAACCGCCCAUGCCAUCCAUGACCGCCAAAUGGCACAACCAAAGCUAUCCCGGCAUCGACCCCAAGCGGCCCGAGCUCAGCGCUGCCGGGAAGACCGUCAUCAUCACCGGAGCGGGCAGUGGAAUCGGACGCGCAACCGCCCUGUCCUUCGCCAGCGCCGGCGCCGCCCGCAUCGUCCUCAUCGGCCGCGAUGAAUCCAAGCUCAAACAGACCCAAGAAGCCUUGCCGCGGCACCUGCAAACCUCCAUUCACGCAGCCAGCGUAACAGACGAGGAUGCUAUAACCGGCGUAGCUACCGAAGUCGGGUCCUGGGAUGUCUUGGUCCUUGCCGCAGGCUAUCUCGCCGACCAGAUGCCGCUCAAGGACACGGCCGUGGACGAAUGGUGGCAGAGCUUUGAGACCAACGUGAAGGGAACCAUGAUUCCCGCAAAGGCAUUCCUUCCCACCGCGGCCUCUGGCGCUGCUAUCAUCGGCCUCACGACGGCGAUCCCCUUCCCCGCCGCCGUUGGAAAGGGCCUCUCGGGCUAUAUUACCUCGAAGCUUGCGGUGGCUAGGAUACUGGAGUAUAUUGCGGCAGAGAAUCCGGGUGUCUUUACGGCCGCGCUUAAUCCGGGCACGGUCCAUACCGCCAUGUUUGAUAAGCUUGGGGCUGAUCCUGGCCAGCAGGCGUUCGAUAGUGUGGACCUUCCUGCAGACUUCAUGGUCUGGCUGACGAGCAAGGAGGCGUCAUUCUUGAGCGGGCGUGUGGUGUUUGCGAACUGGGAUGUCGAGGAGUUGAAAGCAAGGGCUCAAGAAAUACAGGAUGGCUUGAUGUUGACGACUGGGGUUCUGGGGUGGCCCUUUAGCCCGUCUGACUCCCAGUAA